GACCCUGGAUUCAUCGCAUCUUUCCCUCGCUGGACAGGAGAAGCAGAAGGUGUUCAAGGCGGCGAAGGAGAUCACCAGUGAAGAUCAGCGUGGUCCAGAGCUCUUGAUGGAGCGUGUACAUCGCAUCGCAAGGCCAUCGGCACUGCCUCGCAAAGUUCUGGAGGGCGCACAACGUCUCCUUCAGAAGUUGGCCCAGAACGACUCCGUCAUGGGCGCGCCAAGGGCGUCACAGGAGAGGUCGAAGAAAUAUCGCGAGCUGGCUUGUUUGAUCCAUCAGACUUUGGACCACCUGGAGACAGAUCAGCCGCAG